GCUGUGUCGACGCCUGAGAACGCGCGCGUAUCUUUCUCACGCGCGACGACGGUCAUCCGCGUGCUUACGCCCGCGCCGAUGCCUCGCUGCUGCAGCGUAGUACGCAUUGAUGCUCGGCGGUCGACCGCCGUUCGCGACCGACUUUAUCUGCUCGACGCACCGCAAUACGCCUCGAACGCACUUGGCCGUUCGAGCCAGCUGGUCCACGUGGCAACCGGAGCGCCGGCCGCUCAUCUUCGUCGACGACGCCCUGCAUGCGACGGACGCCCCCGUGACCUUCAAGGCCAUGGACGCCGACGCAACGUCGUCCGAAGGCAACAGCGACGUGGACGAGUGCAGCAGCAGCACCAAGUCGUCGCCGCCCGCCAAGCACUGCAAGACGAUCAAGGACGUAGCCCUCGGGUCGCUUUUCCAGCACCUCAAGGACAUUGACUUGAACGACAGCGACAAGGCGGCGUUCGCACUCGACUCGUUCCGCCACCGCCUCGAGACGCUCCGCACGACCAAGCGCCGGCGCCGAUCCACGUCGUCGAGCCCCAAGAUUGAGCCCGAGGAAGCACCCGAAGUCGUGACGCCCAAGGUGCCCAUGGCCCGUGUGACGUUGCCGCAGCGCCACCACAUCCACACCCACCACAUCCACCAUACGACCGUCGAGCCCAGUGUCGAAGCCAAGGUCGAAGCCAAGGUCGAAGCCGAAGCCAAGGCAGCGGCCAAGAAGACGUCGUCAUCGUCGUCUUCGUCCGACGACGACGAGAAGAAGCACGUUCAUUUCGCCGACGAGGUGCACCCGGUUGCGCACGUCGACAUGUCCAAGCACCACGCGAGCCGCCCGCGCCAUUUUGCGCCGUUUGUGCCGUCGGCGCCAUAUGUGCGCCCGGCGCGCGUCAAGCACAGCGCCAAGCACGCCGCGACGCAGCAGGCGAUCCACGAGCUGCACAACUCACUCAAGGGCAUGCUCUUCCCCGAAACCAUUGACGCCACCGAGGCGCCGGAAGCCCAUGUGCCCAAGCCCCACGUGCGCAUGCCAUUUGUACCGCAUGUCGUUGUCGACGAGAAGACAACGGUGGUGGAUGACGACGAUGAGGUAAAAGACGACGUCAAGGUCGAGGAGCCGGUGCGCAAGGAAACCAAGUUGCCCAAGGUGACACCCAAGGUGCACAUUGGUGGCAAGCGUGACUGCUUUGAUGAAGAGACCGCCACGGCGCCACCCAAGAUCCACUGCCCGUCGAUCCACCCGCACGAGUACCCCGAGUUCAAUUUGUGGUACAUGCUCUUCCUCGCGUUCCUUGUCGUCUACGUCACCAUGCACCAGUAA